ACUCCCAAUACUUUUGUAAUUUGUCCAUAUUGCCAUAAUCCACUCAUGAAUUCUUCUUCUUCUUCUUCCUCCCUAAGUCCCCUUUUUCCAUUUCCAUGAACAAAACCUCUCUUUAUCAACCUCUCUUCAAACCCCUAAACAGCUUUUUCUCUCCUUUUUCAUGUCCUAAGAAAAACCCAUAAAAAUUAUCUGUUCAUUCUCCACACACACACAGAGAAAAUGGGUUCUCUUGUCCAAUUUCAAGACCUUAAUCUUCAACCUGAAUCCACCAAUUUAACCUCUAAUUCUCGAACUCCAUUAAUUACCCCCAAAAUUGAACCUAAACUUGAACCCCUUGAUGAAUUUACUCAAGCUGAUCUUCAAACCCCACCUCUUUUCUCCAACCCUAAUACUCCCAAUUUCAACUCCAAUUUCACUCCUAAUCCACUAUCACACAGCUCAAUUACUACACCUGAACAAAACCCAUCUGGGUCUGAUGGAACAAAUGUGUAUUCUGAGUAUAACAGAAUUUCUGAGCUGUUUCGUGAAGCUUUUGCUAAACGAAUGCAGCGUUACGGAGAUAUUGAGAUUGUUGCUGAUCCUGAGAAUGAUGAUACCCGUGACAUCGAGGCGGAACUCGAUAAUUCACGUGCCAUUGUUCCGGUUAAUAAUGAGGAUAAUCAGAUUUCAGAAAUGGUAAUUCCUAGAAGAAAAUAUCAGCAAAGAUCAUCUGAAUUAGUUAGGGUUACAGAUCUUAAACCUGAAGAUCAACGUUAUUUCCGCGAUGCUGUUAGGAGAACCCGAAUGCUGUAUGAUUCGUUGCGUGUUUUAGCGAUGGCGGACGAUGAGAAUAACAUGGGUGUGGUGCCUCAUAGGAAGACUAGAGGUGAUUUAAAGGCUUGUCAGGUUUUAAGAGAACACGGGUUGUGGAUGAAUCGCGAUAAGCGUAUUGUUGGGGCGAUCCCGGGGGUGUUUAUUGGUGAUGUGUUCUUUUUCAGGAUGGAGCUUUGCGUUGUUGGUUUACAUGGGCAGGUUCAAGCUGGCAUUGAUUAUGUCCCUGCGAGUCAGAGCUCGAAUAGGGAGCCGAUUGCUACGAGUGUGAUUGUUUCGGGUGGAUACGAGGAUGAUCAGGAUGGUGGAGAUGUGAUUAUAUAUACUGGGCACGGCGGACAGGAUAAGUUGUCGAGGCAAUGUAUGCAUCAGAAGCUGGAAUGUGGGAAUUUGGCGUUGGAGCGGAGUAUGCACUAUGGAAUUGAGGUAAGGGUAAUUCGCGGCUUUAAGUACGAAGGUAGUGCUAGUGGUAAAGUUUAUGUGUAUGAUGGAUUGUAUAGAAUUGUUGAAUGUUGGUUUGAUGUUGGAAAGUCUGGAUUUGGAGUGUAUAAGUACAAGCUUGUUAGGAUUGAGAAUCAGGAAGAGUUGGGAAGUGCCAUUCUUAGGUUUGCGCAGAAUCUUAGGAUUAGACCUUUGGUGGCAAGGCCUGCGGGUUAUGUUAGUCUAGAUAUAUCCAGGAAAAAAGAAAACGUGCCAGUAUUUCUUUUCAACGAUAUCGAUGAUAAUCACGAUCCUGCUUAUUUUGAUUAUCUGUUGAAGACUGUUUUUCCUCCGUAUGUGUACCAGAAUGUGGGCAGUGGAAAUGGCUGCGAGUGCGUUAAUGGGUGUGUGGAUAAUUGUUUUUGUGCUAUGAGAAACGGUGGCCAAUUUGCCUAUGAUUAUAAUGGGAUAUUGGUGAGAGGUAAACCAUUAGUUUUUGAAUGUGGACCACAUUGUCAGUGUCCUCCAACUUGUCGGAAUCGAGUGAGUCAAAAGGGUUUGAGGCACAGAUUUGAAGUGUUUCGGUCUAGAGAGACUGGUUGGGGAGUUAGGUCAUUGGACUUGAUCCAAGCUGGGUCCUUCAUCUGUGAAUUUACUGGGGUCGUACUCACACGAGAGCAAGCCCAAAUCUUUACGAUGAAUGGUGAUAGUUUAGUCUAUCCAAGUCGCUUUCCUGAGAGGUGGGCAGAAUGGGGAGAUUUGUCUCAAAUAUAUCCUGACUAUGUGCGGCCAGCAUACCCCUCCAUUCCUCCUCUGGAUUUCGCGAUGGAUGUGUCUAGAAUGAGGAACGUAGCAUGCUAUAUGAGUCACAGUUCAAGCCCCAACGUGUUGGUGCAGCCCGUGCUUUAUGAUCACAACACUGUAUCUUUCCCCCACCUGAUGCUCUUUGCAAUGGAGAAUAUUCCCCCUCUUAGGGAGAUCAGUAUUGAUUAUGGGGUAGCAGAUGAAUGGACAGGGAAGCUUGCCAUUUGUAAUUGACUAACUUGUAGGAGUUGAUUCAAUUUUGAACAUGAUGCAGCACAGCCAUUUCUGGCACAUCAUUUGCUGAGGAUGAUUUUGUUUCUGAUUUGCUGUUCUUCCACUGGUGGAUAUCUUUCUCUUCAGAUUCCAUGUCUAAAGAACUCCUCAAAUAACUGCUAAGAAGUAUUGUAUAUCGCCUGCCAAUAACAUUGUUUUCAUUAGAUGUUAACUUAACAUCUGAAGGAAGAAUUGAACACCAACCCAAUCUCGAAAACAAAAGAGAACUACAAGCAAGGACAUUUUCUCGAUCAAGAAGGUGUCCGGAGGUGCAACUUUGUUGGGUACUGGCGCCUCCUGUCAUAUGAAGGGCGAGUAUUGGCGAACUGUUACUGUGUUUCCCUUUUAUUAUAAUCCUGCUGUCUUGAUGACACAGUCUAGACUACAUCACUAGGUUCCUGCAACAAGUUGCCCCUGUUGCUGUUCUUUCAUCAGUUUGUCGAUCCUAUAUUGUAGAUAGCAUGGUGUUCAAUGACUAGCUAGAGGAAUGAAGAAAGCGACAUUGCAUUUUCCCACUAUCCGCCUUUGGAAGGAACCCUUUUAACCGAUCAUCUCCUUGUUAGAGCUGGCCGGCUACUGAUGUUCUUGAUCUUUAGAACUUUUAUAGGUUGUAGUAAUAGCUUGUAUAUAUGAAGAUCAAACUGCUUAUUCUGUACAGAAGAUUGUAUCUAUAUCGUGCUAAUGGAUAUCCAGAGUGCAGUUCAAAUGCUCUUGUCUGUUCUCUUUCUAGUUAAAGAUGGAAGCACCUACUAAGCGAGUCCAACGAGUCAAAUUAGGGAUGCUGGGAUUUUGAAAGGAUCAAAGAGGCACAUAAAACAUUUUACUUCCAAAUUUUCCCACUGAAUAUGGCAAUGCAAGUUUCAUUUAAAUGAUUGAAUUCUUCCUUUUUCUUAAGCCUGUAUUUUCUUAUGUUGCUGUUUACCCUGUUGAUGUACCCUAACUAAACUCAUUUUACUUUGAUUUAGCCAAGUUAUUUCAAA